GUAGUCGGGUAGGAUCAUAUCUGGGUUCGUUAGAGUCGGCGAGGCGGGCGGUUCUGGGCCUGAAGCCUGUGCCGAAGCACUGACGAUGCCGCUAGAGAAAGCCAUCGUGGUCAUGUUGGAUGCUCUUGUUUGGAAAAAUAGUCCGCAAGGGUUUCUAGAAGCCCUGGUGCAUCAAAAUUUGGAGCCCCGAGAGAAGGAAGUUCCCAGAGAGGCCGCGCCCCAUCAGCCCCUGGGUCGAAGGGUUGUCCGUAAUUUCUCGUAGCUGGGUGUAUGUACGGGUUGUAGCCCCCAAGGGGAGAACGACCGCGAUAGUGUAGGACGAGAUUGUGGUUUCCGUGCCAGCUGAGGGUGACGAUGGGGGGCGUUUGAUCACCUCGAUCCGGUCCGGCAGGUCGUUGAUAACAGAGUGAAUCGUGUCUGAUUGAGGUCGAAUCCGGGCACCAAAUGGUAUGGGGCCCAGGACUAGAUAUAGCAGCAGCAGCAGCAAUGAAGCUGGACUGUGGUAUUCUAGGCACAGCCUCGAGAGCCUUUAUGGCGACAUAACGUAGACGAGAGCUUGAUAAGGCGGUCUCGAGCGGUGGUGAUACCGAGCUAACGUGAUCAAGAAGCCCGGAGGGCUCUAGUCGGCACGGGGUGUACGGCAGUGAGGGGAUGCUUUGGGCUCAGUUGAGGCCCAAGGCGAGAACGAAUCCGGAGAUGACUUGGAAAGGGUGGCUCGAUAGACGAGCGUAUCGUUCGGAAGCGAGUGGAGGCAGGCUGAGCGCUAGAGACAGACAGAGAGCGACGACGGCGUU